AUGGUGGACGACUACAUGCUUGUUAAGAAAGACCGAUGGUCUGCGAAAAAGAUUUGUCUACAAUUUGACAAGCUCUUCGGUUCCACCGAGCCCGAAGAGUCCCAGGUCCCCAAAGAUCUGCACACCCUGCUACAGAGGAUUGACCUCCAGUCCGAACAGAUGUACGACCAACAUUCAGGCAUCAGAAGAGUGGACUCAGACGAAGGGGCCAAGCAGCUACCACAGGUUCCGAACCUACCGCCCGCCGACGUGGAGUUUGAAAGUCGUCGUAUUCUCUUGGAACAAGCCAUCCAGCCAGUGGCACAGCGGUCACGAGAUCGCAUGGUGCUGCCGGCUCAUUCGCGAACCCGAACGUCGAGCACAACACAACCCCCCGACUCGCCUGUCAAGCCUCGCGAGACCAUUACCGCCUGGCAAGUGAGAACCGAGCUAAUGAAGACCGGAAUGAGAUUUAGGCCAAACCUGAAGAGUUUCAGUUCUCUAUUCAAACCAAAGCCCGUGCCAGUCAAGGGCAAGAACAUGUCGGAGCAUCUGGACCAGCGCCUGGAAGUGGAGUUCAAGAACCGCGACAUCGUGUAUCUCAUCGACAACGGCACUACAAUGGCAUCUCACUGGUUGCAAGUGACUCACCUUCUGGAGGUUCUUGUCUGGCGAUCUUUGGGAUACGAUGACAAUGGGAUGGAGCUGUACUUUACGGACCCGGACACCGAUCCGAGGGCAACUGUCACAGAAUCUUGCUUACAGCAGGUCGAGGACUUCACCAAAGCCAUGAUGUUCGCACAGCCGGACGAGCCUAAGUCGCCGACACAGGCGGUCAACACCACAAUCGUGCCGGAGCUCGCGCGCAUCAUCAACCGCUACACGCGGGCCAAGGCGUCGAAAAGGCCGCCGCGCAAGAAGACCAUCAUCAUUCUGACGGACGGCAUCUGGAACGGCAUGCAAAUGGAACACACCAUUGACAUCUAUCUCCGGUCCAUCAUACACGAAUUGAGAGACCUGCACGGUGACCUCUCGUACAUACGGCCAGGCAAGUCGCAAGAACAAGUGGACAUAUCAACGAUCCGCCCGGUCACGAUACAGUUUGUCCAGUUUGGCCACGACAUGAACGCCGUUGAGAGGCUCCGGCGGCUGGACGAUGACAUGAGGCUCUAUGGGUGCCCGGAUCUGAUCGACACGGAGCACGCAGGCGGCGAUGUCUACAAGAUGUUCCUGGGAAGCCUGUGCCAGGACAUUGACAAACAGAUGCGCUUCAUGGUCGGCCCCGCCCUCUCUGCCUCGCCCAGCAUCGAGCGAGGCAGCUUCCGCCCUCAGGAUACUUUCCAGUCGCCCUCGCAACCCGAGCAUCGCUCGACGGCCGUCUCUCAUACGUCAACACGGGGGUCGGAUCAGCACGACCGGAUCUCCGGUGACCAAGACCGGCCCUCAACCCCUUCCGUGCAGCGUCAUGAGCUCCCUACAUCCCCAGACUUGCGAAGCGAAAAUUUCCCAACACCUCUCCACAGGUCGUCUACCAUCGGCUUGGCGAACCCAAUCUCGCCAAGUACCGUUGCAUCACCAGAUGGAAUAGGUUUCAUGCGGGAGUCGCCUUCGUAUCAUGACACGCAGAGGUCUCCUCCCACGUCGCCCGCAUCGUCAGCGCCGCCUACAACACCAUCCCGAUCGUCUCGCCGACCAUAG